AUGCAGCAACCAACUCAAGCGGUCUCCACUACUCAAGGUACACAGCCAGUAGCAACAUUCAAGGUAUGUUUUAAACCUUUCGCUAGCUUGCAAUCCUACUGAUUUUUUCUAAACCGAUUGCCGUUGUUUAAUGUUAAUUGCUCUUAUAACAGCUUGUUCUUGUUGGUGACGGUGGUACAGGGAAGACAACGUUUGUUAAACGCCAUUUGACAGGAGAAUUCGAGAAAAAAUAUGUUGGUGAGUACGCGACGCGCAUAAUUAUACAAUACGUGCUGUGCCUUAUACGACAGUGGUGAGAAGAGACAUGUCCAAUAGUUACCUUCAGUUUGUCGUGUUCGGAACUCUUGAGACGCAAAUCGCUCUUCUUCUCAUAAAAUAUUUGGCAGAGCAAUUUAUGCUACACCUGGCUGCGUACGAACAGUAAGCUUAACUAAAUCGUACAUGUGAGCAUCAGAGCUGUGAUCGUGUUUCUUUGGUACAUUACCGAUCGCCACUUUUUUCAAACCUGUUAGGAAAUAGAGGUUAUUUGGUAGACGACUAUGAAGUUUAUGGUCACAGCCAUUCUUAUUGCAAUCACUCCAUGCACUUUUCUUGUUCCUUGUUCCUCAGAAGUAAUAGGUAACAUCGGGUGAAACCAGAUUGGACAACUUAUGAGUUGUACACUCACCAUUAUUCUCUUAAAGUAUAAAUACUGGAACAGCACCCCACUAACCAUGUAGAAUUGCUAAAAAAAAAGCAAAAUAGCAGAGUGCCAGUUAUGGAGAGAACAUAGAAGAGAGUUAAACGCUGAUCUGAAAUGAUUAUGCACAAGUCAAUGGAAAGCCCUGCACCCCAAUACCCGGAGAAUGUGGGGGAUUUCUUUCAUUUUAGACUGUUCUUUUUGUCAUGGUAUGCGGGGUUUCAACUACAUUUAGGUGCAAGUAUCAGGGAGCCUGGACAAAAAGCGGGGCUUAGGCGGGGAUUCACUUUCGACCCCAUGUUGAAUAGGCAUGCCGCGCAAAGAUCACUGGGAGAGUAGACCUUUUCAUGGUUUUUUCAACUUUUAACAUGGACAACUUAGGAAAAAUCUGUCGACACCACUGGAAAGAGCGCCUUAAUAUUAGUAAGAUUGUCAACUUUGAAAGUGAUACAUUUUAUGCAAGCAAAGAUUGUGAAAAUUUACAGACAUUUGUAUGGUGGGGGGCAAGUUUGUGCCCCCCACCCAUACAAGCAUCUGCAAAAUUUCACGACUGAGGAGCUAUAUCUCUGUUAGUUUUCAACAAAUCACAUUCUAUCUAGGUAAUUUUGAGGCACUCUUUUUAGUGGUGUCGAUGGAUUCUCUCCAACUUGUCCAUGUCAAAAGUUGAAAAAAAAAAAGGGUCUAUAUAUGGUCUCACUUCAUUCAAUUUUGGCUGCAUGAGAAAGAGAAAUGGACAGUACUGUUAAUGUAAAUAUCUGUUAAAGUUCAGUUGGAGACGAAAAUUCUCAAAUAUAUUAAGAAAUGAUUUUGCUCAACAUUGUGCAUUUGUUAUUUUACUCUCAAGUUGAAGUAGGAUCUGAUCCAGCAAAACUGAUGAGUAACAAUUCAAGCUCUGAAAACUAAUCAAGGAACCAAAUUUGGAACACUUAAAAAGCCCAUGUUCAGUUUAUUUGAUGUGAUAAUUUUUUGAUUCAAUGGAAUAAUAAAACAAACUAUAUAGGGGACUACUUCUAGUGAGCAAUAUUUGAAAUGAUUAACCCCGGCUAUUAUUCGAGGAAAUAUGGUAUUUUAGGAAUUACUAGAUUUGGCAGCUAAGCCUCGUGUAGUGGAUACAGUUGUAGGGUAUGAGGGAAAUGGCUCAGGUUGAAAGUGUCGCAGUUCUGUUUAACUGUCUUAUAUUACACAGGAAGUUAGAUUUCUUCAUGUAAUUUUACUGAAAGAAAAUCUGGCCUCAGCUUGAUGUUACCUAAUGCUAACCACUUAACACAUAAUUAACAUAAUUAAACGAGCUUCAUUAAGCAUCUACUCACACUAGCAAGUUUUUCUUGAUAGUGCUAUGGAUUAAGAAAAACUUUGACAAAUUUUUUCUUUACACUGAGAUUGAACUUUAAGAUUUGCUUUUCUUACACUAAGCAUAAAGAGAAAAACUAGCCUGCGUAGCAAGCGUUUCCUCUCGAGGUUUGUCUAGAAAGCUGGGACAAGAACAAAAAAAAAUGAAUGACGGGGGAGGGGAGGGGAAAGAAGGAACCGCUUGCCCGCAAACCCCACGAUUUUGAAAAACUGCGUUCGCCCACGAACGCAGCUUCUGAUUGGCGCGGUGCGGGUAGUGUUGAUUACUUAGCAUUCGAAACAUCAAUCAAACCAGGUAUGCUUUGUUUUCGUGCGUCACGUACAGAUCUGGUCUCAUCUGAUUUGUGGUCGCAGAUUACAAAUGCUUUGGACUAAUAUUUAUUGGAAUCGUGUUUGUGCGAAGGUUUAUGAGAUCAGAGUCUUCAAAGUAUAAUUGGAGAUCUAGCAGUGGAGACUAGGAAAGGCAAAUUUAUUGAGAAUGACUGCGUGCGGAUCUGACUGGAAAAAAUGGACUGUUUGUUGGAGAUAUUAAACAUCAACAUAAAUCAGAACAUCGGUACUCAACACUAGCUAAAGCCGCCAUGGACAAGUGAUUUGUCAGCUUUUUGAAAUGAAAAGAUUCUUUUUGUUUAUUUGAAAUUUAGCGGUAUCUAUUGUAGAGAACGUUUCGACACAGGCUGAAGAGCAGCUGCUUUGCAAAACUUGUACCCGGCGGAGUGAAUUGUUCCGGACAAAUCAUUUCUGACGUGUGGCUUUAUCUUGUCUGAAACCUUGUCGACACAAUAACAAACAAGAAAUUCCGCCGCAAUCGCUCAUAGUUUUAACUUUCUUUUAUCGUAAAUCUUUUUUAUUACAGUUCUUGCAAUCUCCUGCAACGUGUUCUAUUAGAGAACAAGGUAAUUUUACAAAUCUGGUACUUGUAAUCCAGGGGUAAUCUGUUCGUUAUGUUUCUAUUUUGACGAGCUGUCAAUUUACAAAUGAACCGAACCGUGAAAUAUCAAGGGGCGUUUUCCAGAAUCGUGGGGUUUGCGGGGAAGCGUUUCCUCUUCUCCCCUCCCCCUCCCCCUUCAACCUUUUUUUUGCUUCCGCUCUAACUUUCGCGCAAUAACGCGAUUGGAAACGCUUGCUACGCAGGCUAGAGGAAAACUUGCUAGAGUAAUUGAGGCUUUGGCAAAGUGACCAGUUAGGUUGCAUUGAUAAUGGUGCAAACAUGUGAUAGAAGUUUUAUUUUGAUUACUUUUAUAAUAGCCACAUUAGGAGUUGAGGUUCAUCCAUUAGUCUUCUAUACAAACAGAGGUCCCAUUCGCUUCAAUUGCUGGGACACAGCUGGUCAAGAGAAGUUUGGUGGUCUUCGUGAUGGUUACUAUAUCCAAGGGCAGUGUGCCAUCAUCAUGUUUGACGUUACAUCAAGAGUAACAUACAAAAAUGUACCAAACUGGCACAGAGAUCUUGUUCGAGUGUGUGAAAAUAUCCCCAUUGUUCUCUGUGGAAACAAGGUGGACAUCAAAGAUCGCAAAGUCAAGGCUAAAACAAUAACUUUUCACAGAAAGAAGAAUUUGCAGGUAUCAAAACUUCACGAAAUAUGUCAGUUUUCUUUAUUGUCAUUGUUAGGGUCACUCAUUCGUUCACUUAUUUUUGCCAUUAACCACAUACAAAUACAACAAGAAUAUACAGAAAUUUAUAAUACAUUUAAAAGAUAAUAUACACGUCUAUUCUAACUAAAUUAUUUACAAAAUUAAAUGUUUAAGGUGGUAAGGACAAGGAAGCCUACAUGUAUAUAGAAGCGGGGAGUUUAUAAACUAUAGACUUCCUGGAACUAUAGGGUAAACCAUGCAAGUUAAGGGUACUGAAUGAAAAUUUGGAUUAAUUUUUAAAAGUAAAGAAAAGAAAAAAGAAAAGGUACGUAGCUCAACAAAGAGUAUAUUUCACUAAGAAAGAAGGGAUUUUUGAUGCUUACAUGGGCUUUCAGGGUUCUGAGCAUUUUCUUGAAAUGGUUAACACCUCCUUAGGGCUUGAAAAAAGUCUGAUCCAGUAGUCCAGGACGAGUAGAUUUUCAGGAUGGAGAAGUACAGUCUAACCUCUCCUUACAGACAACUCCCUAUAAUGGACGGUUCAUUUGGUCCCAGAAAUGCCAAAAAUCAUACAUUCCCUGCCCCUAUUAAUAUGGACCCCGCUGUAAAGCGAACAAUAAAUUUGGUUCUGUCCCUUUGGUGUCCGUAUUAAAGAGGUUUGACUGUAACUUAUAAAGCUGACUUGCCCAAUGUUCAAGGGUCCAGGCAAGUGAUCCUCUAACAAAAUCAUCAACUAGGAGAAAGAAGUGGCCAUGAGAAAAAGCUAGAGUUUCACAUUUUUUAGCCCUCCUCCUGCAGUGAUUUUGUUACCCCCGUGUCCUGCGUCCCUGACGCUUAAAAAUUCUCAAGGACAUAAAAUAUUUCUUUGGGACGUAAUAAUCAAUCAAUCUAAAAAAUGUUUUUAAAAGGAUGCCCUGUUUGCAUGAUUUGAAAUAUGUAUUGAGAGCUACCUCCAAACAAGAGAGUAACACUGUGCAUUCAUAAAAUAGUUUAAGAAUAAUUUCUGAACAAAUAGACAGAUAUCUUCACACAGAUUCUCUGAUACUAUUUUUUUACUCAUUAUGUUUGCCAUCUAUGGAAAGCACAUGGCUGAACCAAGAUGGCAGACAGUGGUUCCUAACAUGGCAAAGCAUUUUUCUAAGUGAUUGUAUAAAGCUUUAGGGCUUGUUAACAUUGAAAAGAAAUUAGAAAAUAGGACAUUUUUUGUCAGGAAGGGUGUAAUAAUUUUUUAAUUUCAGUACACUGUAAUGUAUUACAGAGAUAACUGCUUUGCUAUUGAAAGUAGACUACAGAUUAAACGUGAUUGUCUGGUUUCAUGUGAGUUCUGGCAUCUUUUAAUAUAAUAAGGACUCAUUGGGACAUUGAUUCCAGUCUGAGACUUGUGAUUUUUCAUGAGAUGAGUCUCAGGACUUACUAUUACCAUAUUUGAACAAAUUCACUGUCCUGUUUAAACUUAAAACAAAACGUUUGUUUAGAGGUAAAACAUUAAAGUUAGAGCAAGAGUAUUUUCAGUUUUUUUGGUUGCUUUUUUCAAAAACUAUUUGACUAGUGGACAUGCAGCUAAGAGUUGUUUAAUCUUAUACACUUGAUGUCGGGUCCAGAGGGACACAGUUUUAUUUUCUUGAGACAUCAGGACUUAGAGAAAACUAAAUAAACUUGUUUCCUGAGGUACCUGACAUUAAGUGUUUUGUUAUAUUCUUAGACUUUCACUUAAACAGCGAUGAAGAAUAUAGAACAAAUCAAAACAAUAUCAUUACUUAUAGAGCUUUAAAAGAACACUAAUUCAAAUUGCAAAAGUGCUGAAUGAGUGAUUCACAAAAUACUUCCCUUGCAUCAGAUGGGGUGCACAGAAUGUCACCAAUUCCACUCAGCCUUUGAAAGAAAACCAGUUGGAAAUAUAUUUAAAUCAAACAAAUGGAUCAAAAUUAAUGCACAGGUAACUUGCAAUCUUUGUGUCGUGCUUGACAAAUGUAUUUCCAAGUGUUGUUGAUUGUGUAGGUCACACAGCAGUAAAAAUAAAGUACACUAAGUUAAUACUCUUUUGUUUCAGUACUAUGACAUCAGUGCCAAGAGCAACUACAACUUUGAAAAACCAUUCCUAUGGUUAGCAAGGAAACUUGUUGGUGAUCCAAACCUGGAGUUUGUUGAGAUGCCAGCUCUUGAACCUCCUGAGGUCCAGAUGGAUCCACAGAUGGCAGCAAUGUACGAGAAAGAACUUCAAGCUGCUCAAGCUACAGCUCUCCCGGAAGAAGAAGAUAGUGACUUGUAG